CGAGAUUUCAAAUAAAUUGUUUAUUAUUUUAUCAUUAAAAUUUGCUCUGAAUUUUUAUUAAAGAAAAUGCAAACCUGACAUUCCAAUGGCAUCGGUAAUAUACGAAAAUAAUCGUGAUAUUGUUGGAAGCUGGUAUCCAACCAGUUUUCACGGUCACUUUCGAAAUCGACCUCGUUCAGAGUACAGCAUACCAUAUCGACAAAGGGCAAAACCAUCUCCACCACAACAGUUCUUGAAUAAAUCAAAGCAAAGGACAAAUAAUCAUCUGUUUUCGCAACAUGAUAACAGGCAUGUACAGAUACAUGAAGGAAGCCUAGAAUCAUACUUUGACAUGGGACUUGGUAAAAGGAAGACUGAGAAUCGUCAAAAAAAUAAGAAUACCAAAGAUUUAUUAACGUGGUGUGAUGAUGACAUGGACAAAAGUUGUGUGACAACAUACCGUUUGCAAUAUUCAUCCUCACCAAAACAACAACAGCCUUGUAAUGAUAAUGAACCUCUUCACAUUCGUGGAAAUCUUGCAUUGAAACGCAGACAAUUAAGAGUCAACUCAACACUUCCCCCUCGGGCAAGGACUGCUCCACUUCUUGCCUGGAAUUCCAGUGAUGAGUUUCUCGAAGUGAAACCAUUAGUAGGUUCCCGUAGCAACCGCUAUGCCAACCAUGCAGCCAAUCAGCCUAUCAAAUGUGGUUUGUUUGGGAUUCAAAAGCAAUUUGUGAACAAUAAAACCUUUUAAAAAUACUGUCUAAUCCUCAGAUCGUAUUUAUUUGGAUCAAAAAUGGCUUUAAUAUUAUAAUCAGUUUAAGUCAA